UCUUCUAACUGCCAAGUACCAAGAAAUUUCAGUUCCGAGAGACAGAGCAGGCGACAGAGCGAGAAAUGGAAGGAGUCGAGAAGUGGAGUGAUUCUGUGGAAAAUCUCCUCGAUGAAGGAGACAUUGACGGAGCGAUUUCUCUACUCGAAUCAGUGAUUUUGAAGACCCAAAUUGGGAGUUCUUCGCCCUCUUCGAAUCUGCAAUUGGCCACGGCUCUCAGCGACUUGGCCAAACUAUACUCGUCAAAGGGUUUCUCCUUGAAAGCUGACGAGAUUCAAACAAAGGCUUUUCUAAUCAAGCAAAGAGCUCAAGUGAUUCAUUCGGCAGGGGAUUCUAGUGCUGUUACUAAGAAAGAGUUGGAGGACAAUACGGUCUCCUCUGUUGAUAAUGAUAACUCGUCUUGCAAUGCUUCAGACUGCAACCCACCACCUGAUGAAGACGAUGAUUGGGAAGCUUUAGCAGAUCGUGCACCAAAUGAGUUAUUUCCUCCACAACAUAAAGCAGUAUGUGAAAAUGAUACGGAUUGGGAAGCUGUUGCUGAUUGUGCACCAAGCAAGUUAUUUUCUCCACAACAUGAGGCAGGUGGAUCACAUAUCCCAUUUGAAGAUGCCAAAUCUCAAACUCCUAAACGUCGUGGGAGGGGAACUUUCUUGUACAUGAAAAAUAGCUUAUACAGUGAUGAACAACGUGAUGUUGCAACAAUCUCAGAGGACAAUUUUACUUCCCAUGGUUCAGAAGGAGAUGCAAAACUAAGAGAUUCAAGUUUUGGUACGAGUCAUGUUCUUGUUCUGGAAGAUUUUCCACCAAGUACUAGGACGGUAGAGUUGGAGAAAAUUUUUCUGCACUUUAGGGAUCAAGAUUUUGUGAUUCGCUGGGUUAAUGAUACUGUUGCCCUUGCAGUAUUUCGAACACCAUCCAUUGUUUCUUUUGCAGCACGUGAGGCUCAUAAAAGUAUCAACUGUCCAUUCACAGUUCGUGAACUCAAUGAGGAUGAUAGACUGUUGACCUCAAUUUCAAUGAGGGAUCUAGAACCUCCUUAUCCGAGACCAAAGACAGAUACAAGAACUGCUCAGAGGCUGAUUGCUCAAGGAAUUGGACAAAAGCUGUUGACAACCUUUGGGUCAAGUGAGUUGGGGAAACAAGAGGAAGCCAGGAGGGACCGCAUAGUUACAAGGCAAAACUUGAGAGAUGUAGCAUGGGGUUCUGACUAAACCUAAGACCAUGUUACAUAUCUGAGUCUUCUCAUACCCAAGGUUCAUAUUUCACAUUUUUUUUUCUGUUCAAUACUGCCUCAGAUAGGUCCUUAAACAAUUUGUAAGAUUGUGCUGUGAUGUCAAUCACUGUGAAUUUAUAUGAUCUGCAGUUCUAUGCCAUCUAUAAUUGGUGUUCAUUGUGUAUUGAAAUUGUUCAUUACUUGAAGAGAAUAUGAUGAAUUACCAGUUUCAUUAGUUCUUUAA